GGAAGCGACCCUUCACCAAAAAAAAAAAAAAAAAAAAAAAGAGGAAGCGACCCGAGGCGGCCCAAUCCCAAUUUGGGUUGGAAUUGGAUUGGAAUGAGAACACCCAAUCCCAAUUUGGAUUGGAAUGAGAACAUAGAGCAACUCUUAUAGAAUGAAAACCGUAGCAAGCAUCUCCAUACUCCAUAUAUUCAAUUAAAGCUCGAAGCUUUAUCCCUCAAGUAAAUUAUUGCGAUGAAGAGAUGUAAUGAAUUAUCAGCUGAUAUAGAAUCAAAGAAAAAGCAGAAGAAAUCGAUUUCAAUUACCAAAAAGCCUAAUCUGUUCGAUAAAGAGUUCAAUCCUAGUGAAGAAACGGAGCCGGAGCUCAAGGAUGUUGAUCAGGCCAUGGGAACGGAAAUACUUAUGGACAUCCUCAAAUGGUUACCUCUUCGGUCUUUUCUCCGUUUCAAAUGUGUUUCAAAAUUUUGGAAUGCAUUGAUCUCGGAACCAUACUUCAAAAUGAAGCAACUCAGUCGUGCCAAGAAUGACAAAAAUUCCCAAAGAUUUGUGACUAGUGAAAUAUACCCAAAGGGUAUAUCUCCAAUGUAUUGUUGUCAUUUAUCGUCGGGGUCAGAUCCGCUGAAUGAGGAUGUACAGGAGCUUGAUUACCCUACAGGCUUUAUACCAUGGGGUUGCGGCCUUCUUUGUUGUUGUGAUCCUUGAUUAUCAUCCAGGUUAUUGAUAAUUAUCAUGAUAGACGCCUCAUACACUUGCUAUGGAACCCCUCCACAAGAGAAUCGAUAGUACUUCCAGAUAUGCCAGAGGUCGAAUAUUUUCGUUUGGGAUUGGGUUAUGACUCAACUUGUGGUGACUAUAAGAUCCUUAAAAUUAAUAGCGCAUCUACUCAAAUUCUCGCGUUGAAAGAUGGUCGCUGGAGAAAUAUUGAUAAACAUCCUCCUUCCCCUCGGAGUUUGUUGUUCGAUACUCCUUCUUUGCCAGCAGUACAUGAGGCGUUUCAUUGUAUCGUUGCUGUUGGAAACUAUGAUGUUGUGAGAGGGAGAAAAAUUUCUUUGGUUUCAUUUAGUGUUUCAAAUGAAAUGUAUGGAGAAAUACCGUUGCCAGAGCAAGUAUUGUGCCCAACGCGCACAAUACUUUCAAUUUACACAAAGAAAUUGCAACUCUUUCUUAAGAGAAUGCAUGUCUUCUUAUUUCUCAAAAUUGAAAGACUUGUACGAAGAAUUUGAGGCCCUAGUGCCUGCACUUGGAUGUGAUUGUGACAAGUCCAAAGAGUAUGUGCUUCAUCUGCAAAAACUAAAACUAUUUCAAUUUUUGAUGGGAUUAAAUGAAUCGUACACAUAUGCAAGAAA